GGGGCGCGCUGUCUUCUCCCGGCUGUCUGUCACCCUGGCUCAGUCCUCUGCUGCCCGUAGAGCCGGUGAGAAGCAGCUCUGGAUCAGCGAUGGCCGCCGGUCUAUGUGCCAUUCAACCCCGAGUACCCGCCCGCUGCCAGCCUGCCCUGCCGGAGCCCUGGCGCUACGGUCCCCAGCCAGGAUACUGCUGAGACCCGCACGGAGCAUGAGCUAAUCCCCCGACCGGGACUGGAGCGGCCAUGGGGGAGAGGAAGGGGCGCAGCGCCCGGACAUCUGCUGCUGCUGGCAUCGUCCUGCUGGCGAUUCUGCUUUGCCAUCUUGAAAUCACGGGAGGUGAUCCGGUGCAAUUUUCCGAUAAAAAGACAAUGAUUCUACCAUCUGGGAAAUAUUUCUACACCAAUCCCGUGUCGAAGAUAAAUGUAACCUGUGACAAAUGUCCUGCUGGAACAUACGUGUCCAAACACUGUACCCAGUUUGCCCUUCGUGAGUGUAGCCCUUGCCCCAACGGCACCUUUACAAGACAUGAGAAUGGGAAUGACAGGUGCCAUAACUGUAGUCCACCAUGUGAACCAUCCAUGGUUGUGAAAAUGCCUUGUUCUGCCUUGUCUGACCGUGAGUGCUCAUGCCCGUCUGCAGCGUACCUCCUCAAUGGCACCUGUGUCAAUCACACUGUGUGCCCUGUAGGAUGGGGCGUGAGGAAAAAGGGAACAGAGACUGAAAAUGUCAAAUGUAAGCUGUGUGCCCACGGUACUUAUUCUGAUGUGCCUUCAAGUUCUUUGAGAUGUAAGACCCAUACCAAUUGCUCAGCUCUGGGCCUGAUCGUCCUGAAGCUUGGUACAAAUGAACGGGACAAUAUAUGUGGGCCUCUACCCUCCUCCUCUUCCAAAGACUAUUAUACUCCUCCUGCCGAAUAUGAGCCGACAGAUGUUUACAACGAUACUGAAAAGAAUGAAACAAAAUACUUGAACAUGACGGAAGAUCAGGGCAUGGGGCACCAGCUGCAGACUCCGGACAGGAGGCAGCCACAGCUGACAGAUGAUGUCCAGCAACCCGGCGUAUCAAGAGGCGGAGGCGAAGGACUCAAGAACGCUGUUUAUAAGACCACUAAAAGGGGUCCUCCCCGCCAGGUCCCCCACCACUUUGACAUCAACGAGCACUUACCUUGGAUGAUUGUACUCUUUCUUCUGCUGGUACUUGUCAUCAUUGUUGUUUGCAGUGUCAGGAAAAGCUCCCGCACUCUGAAAAAAGGACCAAAGCAGGAUCCAAGCUCCAUUGUGGAAAAAGCCGGCUUCAAGAAGUCUUCAGCAGUGACCCAAAACAGGGAGAAGUGGAUCUACUACUGCAAUGGGCAUGGUAUUGACGUUCUGAAGCUGGUGGCAGCUCAGGUUGGCAGCCAGUGGCAAGACAUCUAUCAGUUCCUUUGCAAUGCCAACGAGCACGAGAUGGCGGCAUUUUCCAAUGGCUACACGGCGGAUCACGAGCGAGCCUACGCGGCCUUACAGCACUGGACUAUACGGGGGCCUGAGGCCAGCCUGGCCAAGCUCAUCAGUGCCCUACGCCAGCACCGGCGAAAUGAUGUGGUGGAGAAGAUCCGAGGCCUCAUGGAGGAUACUGUGCAGAUCGAAGAUGACAAGCCAACCCUCCAAGUGAGUCCUAUCCAGCCAAUGCCAACUCAGGAUCCUUCCCUCAGGGCACCCGACCCUGCCGCCCUGACAAUAGAACCAUCUCCGCUGGAUAAGAACAAAGGCUUCUUUGCCGAUGAGUCAGAACCUCUCCUGAGAUGUGACUCCACGUCUAGUGGUUCUUCUGCUCUCAGUAGGACGGGCUCCUUUAUAACCAAAGAAAAAAAGGACACGGUACUCCGCCAGGUUCGCUUAGACCCCUGUGACCUUCAGCCGAUCUUCGAUGACAUGCUACCCAUCCUCAGUCCCGAAGAGAUCCAGGUCAUUGAUAAAAUACCACAAGCCGAAGACAAACUCGACCGUCUCUUCGAAAUAGCUGGCGUCAAGAGCCAGGAGGCCAGCCAAAAACUCCUCGACUCGGUCUACAGCCACCUCCCUGACCUGCUGUAGCCUCGGUAAUGUCUACAAAUCAAAAAAACUGCUUGCCUUGAAUGACAGAAUGAGCGGGUACCUUGCUUCUCCGGGCCAGUCGUAACGAAACGCCAUCUCCACAUAUCGCAUUCACCUGACCGCGGCAUCGACCGGGAUGCUGCGCGUGCUGCAAACGUAUGUUAGAUUUGCAGCUUUGUACAUAUCAUGUCCCAUUCUCAGUUGAAGGGGAUUCACAUUCACCUCGUUUUGCAUAGCCGUUCUAAUUCCGUUCCACAUGCCGUGGAGGUGCUCACCGGAGUCUCGAAGGCAUUCCCCCGCGCAAAGUACACAGUAUGCCGGGAACCAUGUUGCAUAAUGCAGGCUACUCUUGGCACCACUUGUAUCUUCUGGUUUACUGUAUAUCGUUGACCUGUGGGCGGGUUGAUCAUAAUAAAGGGGCUGGAGAUUAAUAACUUGCCCUUUCGAGCUGCUGAUGAGACUUAAAAUGCAUGGUACUUACCUAUAUCACAGCCGGUACUUACCUAUAUCACAUCCGGUACAAGAGUAUGGUCUUUAGGAUUCCUCGUGGGAGGGACAUCAGCUCAGCAUAGGACUGUCCAGGUUCUGAAAUGAUGUCACCACAUCUUCACCCCGCCCAUGAGGGACUUGACUCUUCUUGUUAGACCCCACUUUAAUGAUAUCAGGAGGUUUUUUUUUGUUUUUAUUAAAGCUUAAAAGAUUCAUUUCUCAUGAAAGACGGAAGUCACAUUUUGAGUUCUUCGGUUUGUGAAAAAAAAAAAAUUAUAUAUUUUGUCACAUUUAGUCAUCUGGACUAGUUUUUCUCAGGAUGAGAGAGUACCUACCAUUUGUUUAAAAAUGAUUUUUCUUUUUUUGUGUUUUUUUUUCUUUUUUUGCAUGACCAGAUAACCCAACACCCACACAGUGGCAGGAUCCAUUUUGUGGGCUAAACCAAUGCUUACUAUUAUGGCGCAAGUUAUGACUAAUGCAAUGGAUGUUGGCCCCCAAAAUGACCAUCUUGUCUCUAUUUAGCUGACAUGCACUUUAAAGGGGUACUCCGCUGCUAGACAUCUGAUCUGAUCGUGGGGGUCCCGUUGCUGCCCCC